AUAGAAAUUUGCACUUUUGAACAAGGGGUGCUUCCUCCCCCACAUACGCAGGCGCAGAUCAACAGGAUUACCCGCUUCAACGUUUGUUUUUUCAGUAUUCUUUCAAUUGUCGAUCAGUCAGAUAUGAAAAACCAAUCGUCAAUGCUCAGUUCCCUACCAGAGUCGCGUAAAAGAUCAAGACGUGAUUUCAAGAGGGCGACUAAUAUCAACCGCUGGCUAUUGACACCUCUUGGCAUAUGGCUUCGAGAAACUGACGUUAAUAUCACGGAAAAAGUGCUAUCAGGAUGUACAAUAACAAUUUGCUAUUUUCUAAUAUUUUUCCUACUCAUUCCCUGCGCUUUGCAUACAUUUCUAGUUGAAAAAAUUCCCAGAAGGCAGAUGAAGAUGAUAGGACCGAUGAGCUUCUGCGUAAUGGCUAUCAUCAAGUAUUUCUUCAUGAUAAUGAGACGCGAAAAAAUCCUCGUCUGCUUUAAUCAUCUCGACGUUGACUGGCGACGAGUGGAAAGACCCGAAGACCGACAAAUCAUGAUGAAUGACGCCAAAGUUGGACGAUUCAUUGCCAGUUUGUGUGCUACAUUCACAUACAGCGGGGGCUUCUUCUUUCGUACAAUUUUGCCAUUCGCUGUACCUCGAAAAGUGCUACCAGACAAUACAACAAUGCGUCCACUUAUAUAUCCAGUUUACAGGGCAUUAUUUAAUUCACAGCGUACACCAGUCUAUGAAAUUGUAUUCGCCACUCAAUGGUUUAGUGGUCUUGUUAUGUACACAAUUACAGUUGCUGUUUGCAGUGUAGCUGCUGUUCUCACUCUCCAUGCAUGUGGUCAAUUGAAAAUUGUCAUGUCACGGAUUGAUGAUUUCGUGAGGAGCAGUCUGGAUACUGAAGCAAUGUUGACUCAUAAACUGGGAGAAAUUGUGGAGCUACAUGACCGUGCGCUGCAACUUGUAGUAAAAAUCGAAGGAAUUCUAAAUGAAAUAUGCUUCGUCGAAUUUAUUGGAUGCACCAUGAACAUAUGUUUCCUAGGGUAUUAUACUCUCACGGAGUUUCAGCAAGGGCAAAGAUCGACAAUAGCGAUAGUGACGUACAGUUUUUUGAUGAUAUCCUUCACGUUUAAUAUAUUCAUAUUUUGCUACAUCGGAGAACUUUUAAAUCAGCAGGGGGAAAAAGUUGGAACAACUGCAUACAUGAUUGAAUGGUAUAAACUUCCAGGGAAGAGUGCGUGUAAUUUAAUUUUACUCCUGGCAAUGUCCAACUGUCCAACCACAAUUACAGCUGGAAAAAUGGUGGAAUUAUCCUAUGCGACAUUUUGCAAUGUUCUCAAAACAGCGAUGGCUUAUUUCAAUCUCUUGAAGUCUGUGAUCUUAUCAUUAAUUCAGCCCUUCAAUGGCACUGCCAUUCCACUAAGCAGAAGUUCAAGAAUUAUUUCUAUUCCCCAUGAUAAGUUCACUCCACCCACGACAACGUCAGUCAUCAUGAGAAAUCAAUCAGCAGUACUUGGCUCUGUUCCUCCAGAGACCGAUGAAUCUCUGCGAGAUACAAAGUACGGUAUAAAUAUGGCUCGAUGGUUCUUGAUGACCAUCGGUAUUUGGCCAUUGCCAUCAGACAUUCACGUCAUGAAAAAAAUACUCUGUGAAACAUGGAUCAUCACGUGCCACGCUCUGAUAAUAUUCAUUCUCGUCCCUGCAUUUCUCAAUACAGUACUUGUCCAGAAGGAUCCACGCAAGCAGAUCAGGAUGAUUGGACCAAUGAUAUUUUGCCUGACAGCAUUGACAAAGUAUAAUUUUCUUGUUGGAAACAGAUCGGGUCUCAGCAAGUGCGUGGAACAUAUGAACAUUGAUUUCAGAAGGGCCAAGUGUCAUGCUGACAGGACAAUUGUCCUAGAUUAUGCCAAAACAGGAAGAGAUAUCGCAACUGUAUCCACGACUCUGAUGUACGCUGCUGGCUUUUUCUACCGGACCAUUCUACCCCUCACGCGACCCACCAUCAUCACCUCCAGUAAUCUCACGAUUAGGCCAUUGACAGCACCCAUAUAUGAUCCUCUCUUCAGUGCUUACACAUACAGAUCAUGGACAAUUGUGUUCAUUGGCCAGUGGUUCAGUGGAUAUGUGAUGUACACGACUGCUGUUGGUGCUUGUAAUUUGGCUAUUGUCUUCGUUCUUCAUGCGUGUGGACAACUGAAACUCGUUAUGGCCAGAUUGGAAAGCUGCGUUGAGGGAAGCAAACAUGUUUCUGUCCGGAUUGACGACAGAGUGGCGGAGAUUGUGGAACUGCACGUCAGGUCGUUAUGUUUUGCGUUUCGAGUGGAAACAAUUCUGAAUAAAGUGUGCUUUGCUGAAGUUGGUGGAUGCACACUUGUCAUAUGUUUCCUCGGAUACUAUCUCAUAACGGAUGUCAAUUCUCAUGAAACAGCUAUAUCUCUACUCACGUAUUAUGUACUGAUCAUAUCUUUUACCUUCAAUAUAUUCAUAUAUUGUUAUAUUGGAGAAAUGUUAACACAACAGGGGAUGAAAGUUGGUACAGUCGCUUAUUUAAUCGACUGGCAUAAAUUGCCAGUCUCAAGUGCUAAAGGAAUUAUGCUCAUAAUAUCAAUGUCUGGUUAUCCCACGAGUAUCACAGCAGGAAGAAUGAUGCAACUCUCGUACAACAGUUUCUUAAGUAUUAUGAAAACAUCAGUGGCAUACUUAAAUGUACUUCGAGAGAUGACGGAUUAAUUCAUCGGUUCAUCCCUUGCGCUCAUUACAAGAGUAAUAUCAUAAUCAAUGUGUAUGAUAACUUGAUGAUUAUCACACUAUGAAUUUGGAAUAAAAAUUG